GGCAAUUAGAAACUUGGGCCCAAGCCAUUUCAAUCAUGGCUUUGAAUCAAAUGCUAGAAUUAACCUUUAAAUAUAAUUCUCAAAUUCGUGAUCAUUUUGAAGGCAAGGAUGCUGUACAUUUUGCUAUUGCACUUGCAUACUACGGAUUGCUCAGAAUACCAGACAAAGGCGAGGCUAUGGCGUUGCAGGCCGGCAGAUAUCAAAUUGAAUUAUGCCAUGAAUAUAUCCGACAACUCAUAUAUGACACUGAAGCAUUUAAUGAGUUGGGCAAGAUGAGAGAAUGCAUGUCAUUAAUGUUUAUAGAUAACGAGGAUGAAUUCACUGAAACGAUUAUUAACACGCUUGCGCGGCAGUGCGUUGAAGAUGGCAAAUUCAAAGCUGCGCGUAGUCUUUAUGAAUUGACGCAGAUGCUUGCGGAAUAUAUAUGGAUUUCUAUUCGCGGUGUUGUAAUGCAACCAGAAACUGCGAAAGAAUUGGAUCCACAAGAAAUUAGCCGUAUCCUGAAGGAAUAUGAACAUAUAGGUGUUAGAAAAAUAUCGCAGAAUCGUUUGAAGGAUUCUCGCACAUUAUUAAGUUUGGUCGAUUUUGUUGAGUUAUACAAGCAGCAGGACUUCGUAAGAGCGGUUGCUAUUAUUCAACAAAUUGAUCUUUUUCCCUUCGAAGAUGAUAUUAGGAUUAUUCAACAGAAGGCUAGUGCCAUUGAAGCUUUCGAUGAUCAGUUAAAAAAUUGUAUUCCAGAACUUUUACAUAUUGCCAUGAGAUGUAUAUAUGCAUACUAUCAACAAUUAAAGGAUAAUAUGGCAAAAGGAACGCCUGGCAUUUUGAGAAAAUACAUGGAUGAAUCUGCUACCCUUCAACGAAAAGCUCGAGCUCUUGUAACAUUUGCUGGAUAUUUAAAACAUAGGUAA